AUGGGGAAGUCACCCUGCUCGGCUCAGCGUCCCAGCCGAAUUCCGGCUCUGUCCCCGGACCCCGUUCGGGCGGGCAAAGCGCUGACGCCCCGCGGCUCGACUCCCUCCGUCCCAGCCGCGGCCGCCAGCCCCGGCUCUCCCGGCGGCCGGCGCGGAGCAGCAGCUCUCGGCGGGACCCCGCCAAAGCGGGGCUGGAGCCGGCGCGCAGCGGGAGCGCAACCCGGCCGGAGCAGAGGGCGCGCGGCGCCGAGCCAGCGAGCGGAGCGGAGAAACCUCCCUUCCCCGGGGAGACCGCCAGCCGCUCCGCGCAAGCAAGCAGUCCUUCUCCCUCCUGCGCUCCAGGCGGGCAGCUCCAGCUCCGUCCCCGCAGCCCGGCGCUCCGGAGGUGUCAGCCAGCGGGUCCUAGCUGGGGCGGCAGCGGCAGCUCCACUCUCCGCGGGACGAGGAGCCGCUAACGGUGGGAGGAGGAGGAGGGCGGUGGCGAGGUCCCGACUCUUCCCGGGAUGCGCCGCCGAGGUGGCCGCCUCCUCCGCCGCUCAGCUCAGCUCUCUCCCGGGCCUGCCCGCCCCGCGCUGUCCCGAGGUGCAGCCCGGCCGCGUCCGUCCGUGCCGUUCGCCUUCCCCCGCCCCUCUCCCCGGCGGCGAACCGCGCGGCGCACAGGCCCCGCCGGCGGCCAGGAGGACCCGGGGACAACGGGGGAUUCCGGCCCAGCCUCCUGCCCUCUCCCCGGGGCCUGGUGCACACUCUCCGCGGGGAGAGGAGGCCCUGUCCCGGCCUGGCGAUCAGCUCCGGGAAGGUCACCGGCACCACGGAGCCGAGCACGGAGAGGCUCCCUCCGGCACCGCCGCGGUCGCUCCUAUUGCUGCCGGUCCGGAGUCAGCGACCGCUGGGUGCCGCGCUCCGACCGGGUUCGCUCCGUGCCCGUGCCUGGAGACCGCCCCCGAGUCUGAGUGCCAGGCUGCCCCCUUCCCCUUCCUUCCUUCCUCGCCUCCCGCCCCUUCCCCGCUGUCAGCCUUCCCCCGCCGGCUCCCUCCAGCGCCCGGUGGCAGGCUGCCCCCUACGGGUGUCGGGGCCGCGGCUGCCUGCCCGGCGGGCCGAGGCGGAGCCGAGAGCGGCCGCCGCUGCCGCUCGGCGGGUGCCGGGAGCCGCACGCCCGCCGCCGCGCUGCCCCGGGCUGGCUCAGCGGCGGCCGCAGCGCCUGUGUGUCUGUGUCAUGUCUGUGCCUGGGCGGGCGGAGGCGCAGGCCGAGGCGGGGCCAGCCCGCUCUCACGCCGCCCAGCGACAGGCGCCGAGCGCCCAACCAGCGGCGGCCGCCGCCGCGCAGCGCCCGCCCCCGCAGCGGGGCGCCCCGGGCCGCUCCACCUGGCAGCGCGGAGAGGGCCUCGCCGCCGGGACAGCGAGCCCGCCCGCGGCGCGCGGGGGCAGCGGCGGUCCCGCGCCCGCCGCCUGGCCGGCGGUCCCUAGCGCCGCCCGGCGCGGGUAAGUGCGGGGAGGGCGCGGAGCAGCCCGGCCCAGCCCCUGCCUCGGGCGGCGGCGGCGGUGGAAGACCCAACUCCGAGCGCCAGUACCGCGUCAGGAAUGAUUAAAUAUGACGGCUUCUGGCUUACAUGUGUGCUUCUAAGACAAGAAGCCAACGCUACAGCCGUAAGCAGGAACAGGUUGGUGGAGGAUUAAGGAGCAGUGACAGAUACUUGGACUGUGGAAGAGGUUGAGAAUGUCUGAGUGAGAAGAUGGUCCUUGAAUGCAGAUCUCCAAAACUGAACGAAAAUAAGUAUUAAGAGCACAUGAAGGGGAAAAAAAAAAAAAGAGGGGAUGGAGGGAGGAAUAGGUCAGGAAGAAGAAAUUGCAGCAUGGUAAAAGAAAAGGUGGAGGAGAACAAUGGAGUCAGAGACCUAUGCAAAAAUAAAAGAAUGAAGUAAAAACAUUAGUUGAUGUUUCAGAAAGCUGAAGGAAGUAAUUAUGGUGAAAUCUGGGAGAAAAUCACAGAGAAUAAACAUGGAAGGCUGAAAACCUCAUUGCAGCUCACAGCUUUCCCAGUAUGCUGAAUGACUAACUCAACAAUCUCAUCAAACUUGUGAAAUAUUCAAAAUACCAUUAGUUAAUUUUGUAACCUCCUCCAUGGAAAUGCAGUACACUUUUUAUACCACUAAAGAUGUGUCUCACAAGUGGAAGUAGUGGUUAAUUUGACAAGUUAAUAACUGUUGAGCCCAACUGUCCCAUCAGUAACCAACUUGAAAAGGAAGACCAGUAAAUGUGAUGGCAGUGGAACAUUAGUGAGUAAAACAGUGAUCAUUCUGUAGAGGUUAAAUGGAAAUGGCAAAACAGUUAUGCUGGCUCUUGCCCACUCUGAGCUUGUGCAGUAAAUAAGUGUAGUCAGUCAGUCUUCAAAUGUUACAUACAAGAGUGAAGUCAAGAUAAAAGAUUUGAGCCUAUCCCUCAUCUGAUCUUUCAUGAAAAGGAGAGGACAUUUUAGGAAUAUCAGCUCCGAGUGUAAAUGAACACAGAAUAUAAGCAGGGACUGAUAUAUUUGAUUUAUAAACACAGUAUAGAAAACAAUUCCAAAUUUCUUGGAGUUCUUGUCUUCUUGCAAGGACUCCUGUCCAUUUUAGUAUCCAGUAUGGAUUAUGUUUAAAGUAAAUUCCUUUGUUAAAUGUCAGCAAAUCCAAUAAAUGCAUUAGCAUCUUAUCUAAGCAGAUUGUUCCAAGUGGUUUUACAAUGGUUAGUGCAUUUUAUAUGUAGCAAAAGUCUGUAGCAAUAUCUGUUUUCCUUAGUUUCCUGUUAAUUUGGCAAGUAUUGACACACCAGGCUUCAUCACAGACCAAGACUGCAUCAGGCAGGAUGAACUCCUGAUGAACAUGGACCACUGAGACUAAUAAUACCUACUUAUGGCAAAAGUUUCUCCUGUGUGGGCACUCACAAUUCACCUCAAAGCAGACUGAGAAUAUUUGCAGCAGCUUUUGUCUCUCCCUGUGAACUGAUGAAGCCCCCACCAAAAUGCAAAUUAAAAUGCUGCUUUAGUCAUACCACCAAGCUCUCAUCGUUUCUUCUUCCAGUUUUUACAGAAAGAUUGUUAAAAAACCCCAAAAACCCUAAGCACAUCAAUGACUAAAUCACCAAGACAAACUAACUCAGGAUAAGAACUUAGACUCAGCUGUUGCCGGACAGAAUUCCUUUUAUCAGAACUUUAUCCCAAAUAUUCAAAGUCCAACAGACCACAUCUGCCUCCAGCAGGGAGCAGGAGAUUCUGCCAGAUUCAGUUAUGUUAUGAGUCUGGGGCAGCAAGAGGUUUCCGCUCAUUUGUAAAGUACAAUUUGAGGUACAGUUAAGAUUUUUGCGUUAUGAGGAUUUCACAGCACCUUUUAGCAGAAUGCAGUGCAGAUGAAAUGUUUGAGUUAGCAAAAUGACAAUGCAGAGCUUGCAAUGCAAAAUUAGACCAGAUAAAAUUGUAGAGGGAGCAUUUUUAAGAGAAAGAUAAGUAAAUGUCACAUUGUGGUUAGGGUUCUCAGGAAGUUAGAAGUGAAAUUAGGUGGCUUCAAGGAUCUUUGGGAAAUGGUAGCUUAUUCCUUGGAGAAUGCAGUAACAAACAAGCUGGUAGAGAGGGGUGAUGCCAGAUGCUGCAACAUGUGCAUUGAAGUAGGGGGGGAGAAAAUGAAGUAAAGGGAAUUUUCUCCUGUCUAAUAGGCAGCUAGAGGAAAAUUACUUCAGGAAUUAAAAGCAUAAAGAGAAAAAAACACAGUGGCCCAGCAUACUGGAAACGAGAUGAACGUACAUCUCAAUUGUCUCUCAAAAACAGACAUAAUUUUCUCUUAUUGAGAAUUUUAUUGUUCUUGCCCAUCUCCAAGACACAGGAGGAUCAUGGCUCUGGAAUCUCACAAAGUUACAGCCAGACAACCAUUUCCCCAGAAAGUGAAGGAGAGAGGAGAAAGAUUUGUAGCACUGGUGAGAGGCUUUCUGAAAGAGAAAAAAAACUGCUUUGAAGAUGUUGUACACAAUCAUGUAAAGUUUCAAGCUGGAACUCAUAUAAAUGUCACAUGGGGAAAGAAGGAUGACAGAGCUGCUGUGGGACUUGCAGCCAGCUGUGGACCACCCCACGAAGACUGUUUUUCAUUUCCACACUAUUUUCACAAUAUGCAGUUUUCAGUGCUGUUGUUGUUGAUGCACCCUUUCUAGCAGCUGCCUGUGCGCAAUAGGUAUUGUGGUAGAGGAAUAAUGAAUCAGAGAAUGCUUUCUCAUGAGACUAAGCUAAGCAAAAUGCCUGUAUAGUGGUAGCCAGCUUCUAUGCCAAUAAAAAAUUCAAACCAUUACAUCUCCUUCACUCUAGGGCUGGCUCCAGCACUCAGUCAGCCUCUUCCUUACAGAAAGCUGACAAUUUGACCAAUUUUAAAGCAUACAAAUCUCCUCAUCUUGUCUUCAUCUUUCUCAAAAGAAGCAGAACUGAGCUUAAAAAACCAAAAGCAUGUAACCUAAACCCAUAGUUUUAAGAGGAACUUGUCCCCAGACAGGGAGCUGAUAAAGCAGCAUUUUAAACCACUUUUCCCUGGCAUUCUUUUCACCUAUUACUCUUGACCUGUAAAUCAUCUCUCAGGAGCACUGUAAUGACUGAAGCAACAAGUCCUGAGCCCUUUAUCUGACAAACACAACUGAAGGGACAGCUGAGAACAUGCUUUGCAGAGGUAGAAGCAGCAAUACUGAAAGCAUUCAUUGCCUUAGCAACUAGGACAACCUCUUCUUUAAUUAGCACAUCAUGGUCUGAACUUUGCUAAUAGAACCUGCCUACACUGCAUGCUAACCAUGGGUUAGGUAAUCUCUCGCUUGCCAACACAAGCAGCCUACCACACUUCUGCUUCCUGACAUUCUCCCCAAGAGCACUCUGUUCUCAGGUCCCACAUCUGCAGGCAGGCUGUGGGUAGUGUUUAUGAAUGAUACAUCCUUGUGGUUUCUCACCCUGGACUCAUGAUCUCCUAUCCCAUCAUAUAUUCGUCUGGGCUGGCAGGCACGGGAUGCUGUGGAACAGCUCCUCUGUGCUCUCUUGGGAUUUGGGAGGUUACUGUCCACGACAAAGGAAUUAUUUCCUGGCAUUAGCUUAGCAGAUACGGCAGUGAAAUAAGAGGGCUACCUCACUGCCCAAGCAACCUCCCUUGGCCUAUCCUCCCCAGUUCCUCUCUGUGCCACUCUCUUCUGGAGUUUCUUCACCAGUGGCAUUACUGAUGACUACGUGAAAUUUCCAAGAUCCAAUGACACCAGCAAUUGCGGAAUACACGCUUCCAGAAGAUAUGCCAUAUAGGUUUGUAGUGCAGUUAUUCUCUGUUCCUUCCCCUAAAUUGCAGGGGGAAAAAUCUUAUUAAAAACCUGAUCAAAAGAAAAUAGAUAUCUGGAUAAAAACAAGCUUUGAGGGGAAAAAAAUUGGGGUUUACAAAGUCAUUGUCAUAGCUCUAACUACAGCUCAUUGAAAUUUGUAUCAGCACAGCAACAGUAGCACUAAAUUUAGAGGAGAAAGUAAAAGUGGUCUGAAUUAACAGCGCUCAAAUAUUCUGGGCUGAAUUCUGUACUGCCACUGGCAUUAGAGAAGGAGGGUCCAAAGCUAGCAUGGGUAUAUCUAUGGGAAAUCCUACCAAAGCAGUGGAACAAACUGUGCUCUGAGACAACAGGUCUCACUAAGUGGGAAAAAUACACCAUUCAACAGUAGAGAAAACUAAAUUUUGAUUGUUUUAAAUGCUUUAUUUAAUAACACUCUGAACUAAGGAAGCAAACCCUUCUCUUUUUCUCUCCUGCUAUACUGAAUUAACCCUAGGAUUUAGGGAAAGAACACAAGAUCAUAUGCUGGGUUUGGAACGCCCGCUCAGCAAAACAGUGAAUGACACUGACUACUUGUGGGAUCACCUUCAGGGUACUUUCACCCACGGUUUCUGUAAAACUGCAUGACAAGAUAUUUCUUAAUUAAAAUAUUUACAUGUUCAAAAUGUUGAAGGAGAGGUUUUCACAAUAAAGUGGGGAUGGUUUCUGUA